GGUGGUCUCUGGACAGAAUGGGAGACCACUGCACCUUGCCCAACAGAGUGUGGAUCUUGCUCAAAGCGUUUUUCAACCAGGACCUGUCUUUCUUCGAGUAUCGGAAAAACAUGCACAGGAGAAUCCGUUCGUAAAAUCCUUUGCAACACCCACGUCUGCGUCUAUCCGGCUCAACGAACCUGCUGUAUUCCAUAUGUUCCAAUGACAAUUAACAAAACAUCUCAAUGUGGACCAUUACCAAAGGACAAACUAUUAUCGAGUGAGGCCCCAUGUUGCCCAAAGGAUGGUUUUUGGUCCCAAUGGAGUGGAUACAUACGUGAUGAGAGCGGAGGAUGGAAACGGUCACGAAAAUGUCUCUCCGAUUCAGCUGGUUGUCCAUGUGACAACCCAACUAAUAAUGUGGAGAUUAGCAAAGAAUGCCCCUGUAAGAAAAUGGUGGAUGUCACGAAUAUUGUAGCCACACUCAACGUCCAGUACAACGACACCAGUUGCACAGCAUUCCAAACCAUGGAGCACUACAAUGAUCAAAACAAAAAAGUUGUUCCUUGCAACCGUUGGGGAAACGGAAAAUACCUUUGGGCAAACCUCAUUCGAUACGUUCUUCCGAACAAUACAAGAAGGGAGGAACGAAUCCAGGACUGUGUUUCGAAUGGGCCAAAACAAGUGACUUUCUAUUGCGAUUUGGUUUCUGAGUACUGGCGAUUGGAUGCUAAUAACGAAGAAGUCGUCGGUUUCAACCAAAUCAACAUCAUUUAA